AUGUUCUCCGCCCGUCUCCUGAUCCUCCUCCUCCUGCCCUUCUUGGCCCUGGCCCAGGACACAACCUCGGGCCCCAGCAGCGCUGCAAGUGCACCCCCAACAAAUUCAAAUGCCAGUGGAAGCCAGACACCUGCAGCCUCAGCCUCGCCCUCUCUCACCACCGUCCUCAGCACCUUCCUCGUCACCUCCGUCACCAUUGGGCCCGGAAGAGUAGAGAGCACUUUUACCAUCUCCCGAGUCUUCACCAGCGUGAUGCCAAUAUCCACGGAGAGCGGCGGCAGCAACAACAACGCCGGCUCAUCCUCGUCCACGACGGUUACCCCAGCCAAUCUUCCCACAGCCCCCGCCAACGUAGACGGUGGAGGACAAAACGGUGCCCCAGUCCCAGGUGCCUCAAGUCCCAACGGCGCAUUUGGGCCAGACGACGACUACAUUGCCGCAGCCACUGCCCUCGCCAAAAAUCUUCUCGCCGGUUCAGCAAUUGCUUCGCUGGUCGCAGGAGCUGUCCUCCUACUCUAA